AUGCAGGCGGAAUGUUUGAGGCGGAGACUCCGGGGAUCCAGGUGUCGGGACAGAGCCUCGGCUCGGCUGCCCCGUCCGUUAUCACCGAGCUAUUGAGCUACAGUAACACAUCAGCCUUAACUGGCGCCGCGCCGUGCUGUAUAUAAGUUGGGCGUUUAGCCGCUCGUCUGUGCAGUCUGGCUUAGCGAGCUGCUAUCCUUCACGCUGCUUUCUGAUUUCUGUAGGAGGAUUUUUUUACGGAAGUUAGUUUACUAGUUUUCUUUCUUCUGCUUUAUCUGAGUUAUUUUAGUAGACAUCAUGAAGUUUUGGAGGGGGGUUCUUAUAGUGGCGCUCGUUGCGUUUAGUUUAGCUGCAGCUGAGGACGAAGAAGCGGAGGUGAAUGUGGAGGAGUUGGUGGUGGAAACAGUGUUAAAGCCAGAAACAUGCACAGUAACCUCAGUGAUGGGAGACACGCUUCAUAUCCAUUAUACGGGUCGGUUGCUGGAUGGGAAGGUGAUAGACUCCUCUUUGUCUCGGGAGCCUCUGGUUGUAGAGCUGGGGAAAAGGAAUGUGAUCUCAGGUCUAGAGCAAGCCCUGCUGGGUGUAUGUGAAGGACAAAAAAUCAAGGCCACAAUUCCUGCACAUCUAGCAUAUGGAAAGAGAGGAUACCCUCCAACAAUUCCAGGUGACUCUGCUCUGGAGUUUGAGGUGGAAGUAGUCUCCCUUGUGCAGCAGACUCCCUGGCAAAAGAUGGUGAAUGAUGUCUUUCCACUUGUGUGCCUGGCACUAGUGCCCACUUUACUGGGACUGGUUGGUCUCUACCUCUACAACAAGGCCAACACACAACCCCAUGGUAAGAAGAAGAACAAGGACAAGAAGAGCAAGAAGAAAUGAGAAGGACACAAAAGGGGAAAAAUAUUUAAAUAAAAAAAUGAAAAAAUGUGAAAUAA